ACAAAUCCCAUUUUCAACAAUCCGGAAGUGUCGCAAAGUGAGAAGCUUCUAUCGGUUGGUAAACAUGUCCCGUGUGGUUAAGAAACGAAAAUUCGACAAAACCCGACAGGACAGCCUGUACUUUGAUAGCUAUUCCGAUGUGACAAUUCACGAGGAAAUGAUAGCGGACCAUGUACGAACCAACACGUACAGAUUGGCCAUUUUGAAAAAUAGCGACUCGAUCCGAGGGAAGGUUGUGCUGGACGUCGGGGCAGGAACCGCCGUUUUGAGCAUGUUCUGCGUCCAAGCCGGUGCAAAGAAAGUGUACGCCGUUGAAGCGUGUUCCAUUGCCGAACAAGCUGUGAAAAUAGUCCGGCAAAACAACAUGGAGGACAAAAUCGAAGUCAUACGAGGGACUGUUGAGAGUGUGGAGCUCCCCGAGAUGGUAGAGGUGAUAGUGAGCGAGUGGAUGGGUUAUGCCCUCCUGCAUGAGUCGAUGCUGAACUCUGUGCUGUACGCGCGCGACAAGUGGUUGAAAAAGCCCGGCGGGCUUAUUCUGCCCAACAAAGCAGAACUUUUCAUCACGCCCAUCUGCGAGCCAGUGGUGGAGGACCGCUUACACUUCUGGUACACGGUCAAAGACAAGUACGGCGUUGACAUGUCAUGUAUGAGUGACUUUGCCAAGAAAUGCAUCAAGAACUCUGACAUUUCUGUCAGCCCAGUGACCGCCGAGGACGUGCUGUCUCACCCGGCCCGGUUCGCCGAGCUGGACCUGUACACGACCACAGUGGAGGAGCUGCGGUCGGUCAGGGGCCACUUUAAGUGCGAGUCUUUCGGCUUGGCGGCGGUUAACGCAUUUUGUGUCUACUUCACCGUCUCGUUCCCUUGUCCGGACAAACCACAACCACUCGUUCUCUCGACGUCCCCAUUCAAACCCGAGACCCACUGGAAACAAGCAGUUUUGUAUCUGGACGAGCCCGCGGACGUGGCGCAAGACACGCUGCUGACCGGGGAAGUCAACAUGUUCCCCUCGCUGGAAAGUGACAGACAUGUAUGCAUUCACCUGGAGUACACGAUUGGAAAACAUAAAACAUGUUCCAAGACUUUCUCUAUCCCUGACUGGACCUCUGAAACACUAUCCUAGUUUACUUUGCUCUCCUUUGCGUGCACCAGGUCGUGCACCCCAGUCUGAGGUCGAUAGUAUGCUCUUUGUCUUCACUUUGGAAAAACUGCACACUACUAGUUGACGUGUGCUACUUGCAAAACCGUUGAUGUGAUGCUGUAGUACAACAGCAGUCUUUUAUUGGUUAGUGCUUUUUGAAAAGUUGCUUGAGGAAUUAUCCAAUGUUAUCGGUCUUCACCUGCCUGUUCAUACAUGAUUUUUCCAUUUUGUCCUGACUAGAAUAACAAAUGAAAGAUCUGAAUUGAAUUAAAUUGUUUGACUGCA